AUGAAGUUCAUCUCUGUUAUCGCUCUCCUAGCCCCCGCCGUCCUGGCCGCCCCGGCCGCCCCCGGCGAUGCCUGGAUCACACUCAUCAAGGAACAGUGCCCUGAUAUGUCGGGGCAGUGUCUUGAUAUUGCUAAGAAGGUCCAUCAGCCGGGGUUUAAUCUAGUUGAAGUUCCAGAAGCUACACAGGCCAUGCCGACUUGUAACCCAGCUUAUGUGCAAUGUGCCCAAACACUCGCAUCCGACGCUGUUGAUGUUCCUCAGUCAGGCGCCACUCAAGGACAGCUCGCUACAUGCCUCCUACAAAUUGCGCCUGAUCAUAUUAAGUACUUUCUGGACAAUGAUCGCGCUAGCACACCGAUUCCAGAUACCCAAAACUGUCCAUUGCGAGAGCUGCACCGCGUAGCGCACAUUGAACUGGGUCCCACGGCAUAA